UCCUUGCGCGCGUGGAGUUGGCGCAGCUCCACGCGCGCAGACGCGUGCCUGCUUGUGCUGUGCCUCAGUCACUCUCAGCAGCUUGUGCCAUAGUGAGCAAGUUACGCAUUCCAGGAGGUGUGUGUCUUUGUGUGUAUGUGUGUGUGUGUGUGUGUGCGUGUUUGCGAGAGGGAGAGAGAGAGGGCAGCGAUGUCUUGAUGGAUUACUGAAUGGACCUGGUCUAAGUCUAAUUUUCGGACAUGAGCAGCGAUGACUUGGACAAACUGAUGUUAAAAAGUGAUCACUCAGCCGCGCAUAUAGAAAGGUGAACAGGGAGAAGACAUGGACGCCGAAAGUCUUAUUCAACACGUUGAACGAGACGUGGAGGCCACUUCUCUGCCCUUAUCAGUCACCGCCGACUGGCAGGAGGACGGAAACGAGACGAGCAGGAAUCAGUUCCAGCAGCCAGACUGGCAGGUGGCUCUGUGGGCCAUAGCCUACUCCCUCAUCAUCCUGGUGUCCAUCACCGGAAAUGUCACGGUGAUCUGGAUUAUCCUUGCUCACAGACGCAUGAGGACAGUAACCAACUAUUUCAUCGUCAACCUGGCCUUCUCGGACGUUUCCAUGGCUACCUUCAACACUCUUUUUAACUUUGUCUAUGCACUUCACAACGACUGGUACUUUGGCCUGGGCUACUGCAGAUUUCAGAACUUCUUCCCCAUCACUGCGAUGUUUUCAUCAAUAUACUCGAUGGCCGCCAUCGCAGUGGACAGGUACAUGGCCAUCAUCCACCCUCUGAAGCCCCGCCUCUCCUCCACCUCUACAAAGGUCGUGAUCGCUCUGAUUUGGAUUGUAGCGAUUUCAUUGGCAUUUCCUCAAUGCUACUACAGCGUGACAAGAUUCUAUUACCCCAGAACCGUGUGCAUGGUCAACUGGCCUGAUGAUUAUGGAGGAAAACAUCAACUAAGUUACCAGUUUGCGGUGAUAUUGCUGAUCUACUUGCUCCCUCUGCUGGUGAUGCUGGUGACCUACAGUUUGGUCGGCCAGUCGCUGUGGGGUGGACACAUCCCAGGAGAGGCAUCGGACCAUUACCACAGCCAGAUAACAGCCAAGAGAAAGGUGGUGAAGAUGAUGGUUGUCGUGGUGGUGACCUUUGCCCUCUGCUGGCUGCCUUACCACAUCUACUUCGUGUUGGGAUCUUUUAACAGGGACAUUUAUAAACAACAUUACAUUCAACAGGUGUACCUGGCCAUAUUCUGGUUGGCGAUGAGUUCGACCAUGUACAAUCCUAUUAUUUACUGCUGUCUAAACCAGAGGUUCCGUGCUGGCUUCCGCCAUGCGUUUGCCUGGUGUCCCUUCAUCAAAGUGUCGGAGGAGGACAAGAUGGAACUGCAGCAAACACACACCUUCAGAGUCACCAUGACACGCAGCCACCGCAACGACACCUCGUACACGCGCACCUCGUACACACGCACCUCCACCAAAACAAACAACUCUUUCGACACAAACAUGGCCAUCAAAAAUGAGCGGAGCACAGAGAGAGACGCUUGCACGCAGCUUAAAAAAUGCCCUUCAGCACACAACACACAUGUGGUGAAGAGUCCGGAGGAUGCAAAAUCACCAGCUGCCAAACUGAUGGAACCCACCCACUGAACCCACCCACCCAGAGCCAACUAAUAUACAGACUGCAGCCAAUGAAGACAAAGAAAAAAAUAAGAGGCUGCCAACAGCCAAUCAGAGCUGUUCAAACUAUGGCGACAUUCAGUCACCUGGAAAGGACAGGACACUCAGACGUGACCCAGGAGUAUUUACCUUUUCUCUGACGGUGAUACAUGAAUGAAUGUGAAGCUGAUGGACGUUUUGCUGUUAAUGCCAACAUGGUCAUAUGAAGAUGUGGAAAUACAUCUGCAUACCUAAUAAUAAGAGCAACUUAUUCUGGCAUACACUGCCAGUGAGAAAGUCUGUAGACAAAGGUAUCCAUUUUCGCAUUUAAUCUUUCUCCUACAUCUUCUUCUCCAUCCUCCAUGCUCCAUCUUCUAAAUAAUUUCUUCCAUCACUGUUUCUUUUCUUCUUCCCAUCUUUUGGAGAAAAGCUACUAACUAUGAUGUUUUCAUGUAAUUGUAGUUUAUAUCUGUGGUUACUGGAUUUUCUUGUGCAUAGCAUGGAUGAACAGUCCGCUGGCAUCAGCACCAAGCCUUAACCUUGUUGUUUUUGUAUGUAUUUCAGAGAACACAGGAUUGGGGGCAUUUUCAACUUAAUUCCUCUUCAUCAGCACAAAGUAAUAACUCAAUAAGUCAUUCACUGGUUACUCACUUAAAUUAAUAAAAAAGUAUAUUUGAGAGCUUGCAUUCGAAAUUAGCAACAAAGUGCGGGGUAGCUCCUGUAGUUCUUCUGGGAUUGGCCAUAUUGUUAGCUUAUAUCUAUUACUGUGCAGUACGAUUGCUUUGACGACUCAGUCAUAUAGUCUGCUGUCGUUAAGUAUGUUGCUCAUACGUUCUGAUUUCACGAGUUCAUACAACUGUAAUAUUUUUCAUGGUAGGUGUAAAGAGUCAAUGUUAAAAUGUCAAAGUGCUGCUACUUAGAGGAAUGUGGUGUGAACUGUUAAAUUGACAUUUAUUGAGUCCAUUAAUGUAAAAUAUGCUGAAGUGCAAGUGUAUAUGCAUUUGGUGUCAUGGUUGCACAUGUACAGUCAGGUCAUUAUGUUUAUAAAAUAAAGAUUUAAAAAGUUAUAUAGCCUAUCAGCGCAAACACUUAAGAAUGUGGUAAAAAAAAACAACUUUUUUGACAGUUAGACAUUAACAACAGUGUGACAUCUUUAUUUGUUAAAAUAAUAUAUAUAUAUAUAUAUAUAAUAUUAUGUGUGUAAUAAAUGUGACAAUGGUAAUAAAAUUACAAUGCAGUAAGCACCUAUGCACGUUUUCUGUUCCCAGGAGCGAUCCC